UUGCCAGUGCAACGAACACUGCACCUUGGCCCCAAGAAUACACAACAACUAACCAACCUGCUUCUGUCUGUCUUAUUCAAGCUUUCUCUGUUCUUGGUUCCUUCAUCCAAGUUCAAAGUUCAAAUAGUCUGGGCUUAGGACCAAGGACUUGCUUAGAAGUAUUGUUAUAAGAAAGUAUAUGCCACUUUCUCUCUCCUCUCUUCGCCGCAGCUCCCCUUUUCGUGCGUGACGCUCACGCUUCCAUCCGAACCAACUAUAUAAGUAGAACGCGCGCGAGGUGAUAAAUUAAACCAACCCAACGCAACUAAAAACCGAAACACUAAAAACAGAGACCACACAAGGACUAAUUGUCGCAGCAGAGAGUGCACGAGCGCCAGAACCCUAAUGGAGGCGAAGGAGAACGGAGCAAACAAGAAGCCUUCCAGUGGCGUCAUAGAUGGACCUACGAACCCGAUGGUUACGCCUCUGCUCACGGAUCUCUAUCAAUUCACCAUGGCUUACGCCUACUGGAAAGCUGGCAAGCAUCAAGAACGUGCCGUGUUCGAUUUGUAUUUUCGGAAGAAUCCGUUCGGUGGGGAGUAUACCGUCUUCGCUGGUUUGGAAGAGUGCAUAAGGUUCAUAGCUAAUUUCAAGCUCACUGAGGAGGAGAUUGAUUUUGUCAGGCAAAGUUUAUCUUCCUCUUGUGAGGAUGGAUUUUUUGACUAUCUUAGAGGAGUUGACUGUUCUGAUGUUGAGGUUUAUGCUAUUCCCGAGGGAACAGUUGUUUUCCCCAAGGUUCCCCUGAUGAGAGUUGAAGGCCCAAUUGCUGUUGUUCAAUUGUUGGAAACACCUUUUGUGAAUCUAAUUAAUUAUGCAUCAUUAGUUUCUACUAAUGCUGCAAGGCAUCGUCAUGUUGCUGGAAAAUCCAAAACUCUUCUGGAGUUUGGAUUGCGGAGGGCUCAGGGGCCUGAUGGGGGAAUAGGAGCAUCAAAGUACUGCUAUAUUGGUGGAUUUGAUGCAACAAGCAAUGUUGCAGCUGGAAAGUUAUUUGGGAUACCGCUUCGUGGUACUCAUUCCCAUGCAUUCGUUAGUUCUUACAUGAACCUUGACGAGAUUUCAGACAAGUCACUUCGCAGAAAAGAUGGUUCAAGUACGUGUGAUGAUUUUGUUAUUGAGGUUCAAACAUGGCUGAGUAAAAUUCAGUUAUCAAAUGGUGUUUUUGGUGAGACCAAUCAGAGCGAGUUGGCAGCAUUCACAUCGUAUGCAUUGGCAUUUCCUGAUAAUUUUCUUGCCCUUGUAGAUACAUAUGAUGUGAUAAGAAGUGGAAUCCCUAACUUCUGUGCAGUUGCAUUAGCUCUCAGUGACUUAGGAUACAAAGCAGUUGGUAUUAGAUUGGACUCUGGUGACCUUGCAUAUUUGUCUUGUGAGGUCAGGAAGUUCUUUCGCAAUAUUGAGAAGGAAUUUGGAGUGCCUGAAUUUGGGAAGCUGGCAAUCACUGCAAGUAAUGACCUCAAUGAGGAAACACUAGAUGCUUUAAACAAACAGGGUCAUGAGGUUGAUGCCUAUGGAAUUGGUACCUAUCUGGUUACGUGUUACGCUCAAGCUGCAUUAGGUGUUGUUUUCAAGCUGGUUGAAAUAAAUAAUCAACCUCGUAUCAAACUUUCUGAAGAUGUGUCAAAGGUCUCUAUUCCAUGUAAAAAGCGAUGCUAUAGGUUGUAUGGAAAAGAAGGUUAUCCCCUGGUUGACAUAAUGACUGGAGAAAAUGAGCCCCCUCCAAAGGUGGGAGAAAGAAUCCUGUGCCGACAUCCCUUUCAAGAAUCCAAGAGAGCAUACGUUGUGCCGCAGAAAGUCGAGGAGCUUUUAAGGUGUUACUGGCCAGGCAAUUCAGAUGAAAAGAAAGAUACUUUACCAGCUCUGAGAGACAUUAGAGAGCGGUGCAUCAAGCAACUCGAGAUAAUGCGACCUGACCACAUGAGGAGACUUAACCCAACUCCAUACAAGGUCAGUGUUAGUGCAAAAUUAUACGACUUCAUUCAUUUCCUGUGGCUCAACGAGGCGCCAGUUGGGGAGCUACAGUAAUAAGGCAAAAGAAGAAAAAGUCGGAAGAAAUUUCUUGAUAUGGUAAUGUAUUCUAUGCGUUAUGACUGUUUCCAAAAUAAGUUAUCUGUAUAUUUAUGAUGGUAAAACCAUUAUUCUUUCCAGGUCUUGAUAAUAAUAAACCAUCCUUAUCUUUUAUUUCAA